AUGGAGGACCCCGUGGUCCAGGCCGUUAAUGGCGUGGCGAAUGGUGCGCCGGCCGCGCCAGCUCCUACAACAAUCAUCGAGCCUCAGGCCAUCACUACAUACCUCUCAAAAGUGUUGGAGAGCACAUUAGGAGCCACCGAUGAGGAGCUGAGGGCAGUGGGAAGUCUGCUGAACGAGGCGAAUCUCGACGACACGUUCGCACGAUGUAUGCGAUUCGCCCAGGAACAGCAGAUGGCGCUGUAUGUGCUGCGACAGGCACCAAUAGCCCCGCUGGAAAAUGGCCACACCAAUGGAGGCGCACCAACGCAGCACGAGACCUACGUUCUCAGCCCCGAAGUGUCGUACUCAUCAAGAACGUUAGGCUGUGUGGCCUUUCUUAAACGACCAACCUCGAUACAGCCCGAUAUACCGAUCAGCAAACAAGUCUCGGUGGUAAACCUACCACUGCCGGGCUCUGCAGGCUCAGUGGACUCCGGUUCCGCCGUAUCGCCCUACGAAAGCUUGCACUCCUUCGUGCGCGGCGCUCUUACGCCAUUCUUCGAGGCAGCAGCAAGAGGCUCAGAGUCAAGAGGCGAUAAGCUACGAUCAGAUGGUGAAGCUCGGACUGGUAUUGCAGGUGCCAGGCGGAAAUUGGCAGAUCUUGAGAUCACCUUUCAGAAUCUACAACAGAACAUCGAGGUCGAAGCUCCGCGGUUACAGAUCCACGAUGCUGUGCAGGUACAGCUGGCGGAAGCGGGUGGUGACUGGCAGCAGGCCGCUCUGCAAAUACCGGAUGCUCUUGUGACGGACAGCUCAAUGCUCAAUCGACUGCAAAGUAUGGCCAACGAGUGGAUCAAGCAGAUUCGCGAGUUCACGAGGAUCAUGGAUGAGCGGCCGGUGGGCACUGCAUCACAGGAGAAGAACUUCUGGUUGGCUUUGGAGCAGGCAAUAGAAGGCAUCGAGGCACAGCUGAGUAGUGGUGGCAUCCAGUUGACUAUGAAGAUCCUCGAGAAGGCAAAGAGACACGGCAUCACUACCAGUUUCACGUCAGACACGAGACUGAAAGAGACCAGGGACCAGGUACAGAAGUACAACCAAUUGUUCCACGGCCUACCGAUCGAGGAGCUGCUGUCAGCAACUUCGGUAGUGAAGUUGCGUGAUGCUCUGGACGAUGUGUUCAGUCACGUCAACAAGAAGCUGCGCAUCUGUCCUUACCCAGUGAAGCGAGCCCUCCCUUUCGUUGAGGCUAUCUCAGCAGAUAUGGACUCGCGCCUUCAUGACCUCCUACAUGGCCGCAGCUUGAUGCACAAGAGCUUUGAGGACUUCCGGGCGACCAUGAUCGAGGUGCAGCAGCUGUGGGUGAUCUGGGACGACGAUAUCAAAGAAUUCACUAACGCAGCUCGAGAGUCCACACGUAGGCGCGCCGACAAGUUCAUUGCCAUCAAGAUCAAGAAGCGACACGACAGGACUCAAGACAGGAUCAGCUACAUCUGGAAGUUCCGUGAGGACCAUGAGCAGCUGCAAAACACAAUCGCGACAGUCCUUGGCCCAGAAGACGAUGCAGAAGAUCUCACGAACGGCGAAGCCGGUCCAGUCAUCGUUGAAGAGAUGGGCGACGUCGAUGCAGCCGAAGAAAUCGCUCAAGCGUACACGGUUGUUCGAGACGUGGACGUACUCGACAUCUCGCCUGAAGGAGAGCGGGUAUGGACACAGGCCGAAGCAGCGUACAAUGAGCGGACUGCGAGAGUGGAGAACUCCAUUAUUGCCCGGUUACGGGACAGACUGGCCCUAGCCAAGACCGCCAACGAGAUGUUCCGCGUGUUCUCGAAGUUCAACGCUCUGUUUGUGCGGCCGAAGAUCCGAGGUGCUAUCACGGAGUAUCAAGUCCAGUUGAUGAACAACGUGCGAGACGACAUUGAGAACUUACAACAGCGCUUCACCCACCAAUAUGGCCAGUCAGAGGCGCAUGGCAUGGCUCAGCUACACGACCUGCCACCUAGGUCGGGUGCCAUCAUAAGAGCUAAGCAGAUCGAGCGUCAGCUCAACAACUACCUCGGAAAGGUCGAGAACAUACUUGGACCGAAGUGGAAGGAGCACACGGAUGGUGCUCGACUGUAUCAGCUUGGCGAGGGCUUCCGGCGAAAACUGGACACCAAACCACUCUUCGAGGACUGGCUCAAAGAGACUGACAGGCGGCAUUUGUCUAUAUCAGGACGACUCUUCACAGUCUCGCAGAACCGCGCCCGUGGCAAUGUACUCGAGAUCCACGUUAACUUCGACAGGCAACUCAUUGUUCUCUUCAAGGAGGUCCGUAACAUGCUGUGGCUAGGCUUCAAUGUGCCUCAUGCUAUCAGCAACGUAUCGAAAGAAGCUCGACGAGUAUAUCCGUUUGUCACCAGCCUCAUCGAGAGCUUGAACACAUAUGAGCAGACCAACAUGAGUAUCGCGAACAUGUCGGAGGUGACGAUCCUGCUGAGUGGGUAUCGAAAUGGUGUGCAAAGCUUCAUUGCCAAGGGCGCUUCGCUUCGGUGGGAUACCUUUGUCCUAGCCUACGACGUCCACGUAAGACAGAUGGGCGAUGGUGGCCUUGGAGCAUCCGGUGACGAUAAGCUACACGUACAAUUUGUGCGAAAUCUGGGCAACUCGAUCGCGACACUUCAGGGCAAGGUCACCAUGUUGUCCACAAUACAGGUGACAGUCGACACAACACUUCGUGAGCUGCAAUCAUGUCCGUUCACCCACGAGGCCUUUAGCGCUCACCUGGAGACUCUGCAACGAGCCAUCGAUCAACUCAAUCUCGAAACAUACUCGAACAUCUCAUACUGGGUGGCCAAGACGAACGAGAAGGUUGUGGAGACCUUACACUCUCGUUUGCGCCAAGCACUGAAGGAUUGGACCGAGGAUUUCGAGAAUGGCUAUGGCGCGGAUGCAUCACAGCGUGAGCAGGGAACGCCGAAUAUCGAGACAUUUGCUCACGACAUCGUCAUGCAAAGUCAACUCAUCCAGCUCGAACCACCGUUGGAAGACGCAAAGGCCGGAUGGCUCGACAACCUGCACGCAUGGCUGGGCGUAGUCUGCAGCCUCAACAGACUGCAAGGGUCUCGCUUCGAAAGCGCCUUGACGAUAGUGGCAUCGCCUGCAGCCAUGACCUACUCUGAACUCCCAGUCAUGUGCAUGGACACCCUAGCCGAGCUUUAUGAGCGCAUCCAGGCCAAGCUCAAUGUAGCGCAGACUUAUGUUGAAGAGUGGCUGCAGUUUCAGUCUCUUUGGGACCUACAGCUUCAGCAGAUCCAAGAUGAUCUGGGUGAAGAGCUUGACCUCUGGUUGCAACUUAUCCUCGAAAUCAGACAGAAGCGAGACACAUUCGACACGUCCGGAAUGCGUCGCUCAUUUGGCCACUUGGUGAUCAACUACGAGCAAGUACAGGCAAAGGUCAACGCAAAGUACGAUCAAUGGCAGCAUGAUCUGCUAGCGCACUUCUCGGCCAUGUUCGCAACUCGUCUCAUCGAUGUUUAUACAGAAUUGCAGCGCGCACGGAAAGAGCUUGAAGGUCAGUCCCUACAAGCAUCGUCAACAUCACAGGCUGUCUCCUUUAUCACAGUCGUGCAGACGGUGAGGAGGCAGACCAAGGUCUGGGAGCCAGAAAUGGAUACCUUCAGGCAAGGUCAGCAGACGCUCUCGCGGCUGAGAUUUCAGUAUCCGAAGGAUUGGCUAUAUGUGGAGCAGGUCGACCAUGAAUGGGCCGCGCUUGUUGAAGUACUGGAAAAGAAGGGCAAGCAGAUCGCUGACCAGACCGAGGGCCUGCGGACCAAGAUCGUUGCUGAGGACGGUGUGGUGUCCCGACGCAUUGCGGAGAUGACAGAGAGGUGGCGAGAGGAGCGACCAGAGUCGGGCUCGAUACCCCCAGCAGAGGCCACCGACACGUUGCAAGGCUUCGAUACAGAACUGUCGCAGCUGCAGGAGCAAUCAGACAUGGUCUCAAAGGCGAAGGAAGCACUUGAGCUACCACCGAGUCCGGACAAUAUGCUUGCAGACCUGCUCGCAGAGGUCCAAGAUUACAAGUCGGUGUGGGCCAACCUGGCGGUGGUGUGGGAGCAGGUCAAUGAUUUGCGUGAUCAACCCUGGAACAGCAUUCAGCCACGAAAGCUCCGUCAGCAGAUUGACAACCUCAUCAAGACUACCAAGGAGAUGCCUAGCCGCAUGCGGUCAUACGCUGCUUUCGAGCACCUGCAAGCAAUGCUUCGCCAGCUCCUCAAGGUCAAUCCACUACUUACUGAGAUGCGCUCAGAUGCUGUUCGGGAGCGUCACUGGGUCAAGAUCUUCAAGAACCUACAGCCCUCCAAGCGAUAUUCCGCUCUUUCUAUGACGCUAGGCGACGUUUGGGAUCUUCAACUGGGCCCUAGCGAAACCAUCAUCCGCGAUGUCAUUGCUCAGGCACAAGGGGAGAUGGCACUAGAGGAAUUCGUGAGAUCGGUCCGAGAGCAUUGGCAGAACUACUCGCUCGAUCUCGUCAACUACCAGAACAAAUGCCGCCUCAUUCGCGGCUGGGACGAUCUGUUCGCAAAGUGCAGUGAAAACCUCAACUCGUUGCAAGCUAUGCGGCACUCUCCUUACUACAAGGAGUUUGAGGAAGAAGCCUCAUCUUGGGAGGACAAGCUCAAUCGCAUACACGUACUAUUCGACGUGUGGAUUGACGUCCAGAGGCAGUGGGUCUACCUCGAAGGAGUCUUCACAGGCAAUGCCGACAUCAAGCAUCUGCUGCCAGUGGAGUCCUCGCGUUUCCAGAACAUCAACAGCGAGUUCACGAACGUGCUCAAGAAGGUCUACCGGUCUCCCCUCGUGCUGGAAGUCCUCAACAUACCCGACGUUCAGAAGUCCCUCGAGCGUCUCGCCGACCUGCUCAACAAGAUUCAGAAGGCAUUGGGAGAGUAUCUCGAAAAAGAACGUGUGGCGUUCCCACGCUUCUACUUCGUAGGUGACGAAGAUCUGCUGGAGAUUAUUGGCAACAGCAACGACACCCUACGUAUAGCCAAGCACCUGCGAAAGAUGUUCGCUGGUAUUUCGGGCUUGGCCAUGGACGACGAGUCCAACAUCACGGGAAUCACGUCUAAGGAAGGUGAAGAACUGGUGCUCAAGUCGCCAAUAUCGCUGAUCGCUACGCCGAAGAUCAAUGACUGGCUACAAGCUCUUGAGAACGGCAUGCGAGAAACACUGUCGGCGCUGCUGGUCGAAGCUGUGGGCGAGUACGACGCGCUUGAAGCCGACGAUCAUGCUGGCUUUGAGAGCUACAUCGAGAAAUAUCCUGCGCAGAUCGUCGUCCUUGCCACGCAAGCAUACUGGACCUCGCAAGUAGGUGCUGCUUUGCAACAAGCUGGUGAAGCACUGCCGAAACUCUUGGAGACACAGGUCAACAAGCUAAGAUUUCUUGCUUCGUCCGUGCUGAAGGAGCUCGAGCCCGUCUAUCGAAAGAAGUGUGAGCAGCUCAUCACCGAGUUCGUACACCAACGAGAUACCAUUGAGAAGCUCGUCAAUGGAGGAGCAGACUCGCCAGGUCACUAUCUGUGGCUUCUGCAGAUGCGCUAUGACUUCGACGCCAGCGCAGCACCACUCGACCGUAUGCAAGUCCGUGUUGCAAACGCCACGCUUGGGUACGGCUUCGAGUAUCUCGGCGUGCCAGAGCGUCUUGUCCGAACACCGCUCACAGAUCGUUGCUUCUUGACACUCAGUCAAGCUCUGUGCCAGCGCCUCGGAGGGUCGCCUUACGGCCCAGCAGGAACUGGAAAGACUGAAUCUGUCAAAGCUCUUGGAGUGCAGCUCGGGCGCUUUACGCUUGUGUUCAAUUGUGACGACACCUUCGACUUUCAGGCCAUGGGUCGUAUCUUCCUGGGUCUGUCCCAGGUUGGUGCUUGGGGCUGCUUCGACGAAUUUAACAGACUCGAGGAGCGCAUCCUGUCAGCAGUGUCGCAGCAGAUUCAAAACAUUCAAGUCGGCCUCCGGAAGCGUGCAUUGGACCCGAGCGCACAGAUCGAGCUUAUUGGCAGACAAUUGAAGGUUCAUCCCCUUACUGGAAUGUUCAUCACCAUGAACCCUGGCUACGCUGGCCGAUCGAACCUACCAGAUAACUUGAAGAAGCUAUUUCGCAGUGUUGCCAUGUCCAAGCCAGACAAGGAGAUUAUUGCCGAAGUCAUGUUGUUCUCACAGGGUUUCUCGGAAGCAAAGACGUUGUCGAGGCAGACUGUACCCUUCUUCGACAGCUGUGGUGCGACUUUGUCGGAGCAGCCGCAUUACGACUUUGGGUUGCGUGCGCUGAAGAGUGUGCUUGUAAGCUCUGGUGGCUUGAAACGAGCGCGGCUACAGACUGUUGGUGAAACAGAAGCAGAUGUAGUCGUUGAGCCCCAGAUCAUCGUGCAGAGCAUCCGAGAGACCAUCGCGCCAAAGCUUGUCCGAGAAGAUGCGGAUCUGAUGAGGCAGGUCGAGGAAGAAGCAUUCCCUGGCGUACAAUACAAGCCAGCGCCGCUUGAGAAGCUCCGUGCCGCGCUACAAGAAGUCGUCGAGGAGCGAAAGCUCGUGGCUACAGAUUCCUGGCUCACGAAAGUGCUUCAACUCUAUCAGAUUCAAAGCUUGCACCAUGGUGUGAUGAUGGUUGGAAACUCGGGCACUGGCAAGUCCACAGCUUGGCAAACACUGCUAGCCGCUCUACAGAAGGUCGAUGGUAUCGAGGGUGUAUGCCACGUCAUUGAUCCGAAGGUCAUGUCCAAAGAGAGCCUUUAUGGCAGUCUCGACAGCACAACUCGGGAAUGGACGGAUGGUUUGUUCACGAGCAUCUUGCGAAAGGUGGUCGAUAACCUUCGUGGCGAAGACAGUAAGCGACACUGGAUCGUUUUUGAUGGUGAUGUCGACCCUGAGUGGGUUGAGAACCUGAACAGUGUACUCGACGACAACAAGCUGCUCACACUGCCCAAUGGAGAGCGUCUCGGACUGCCAUCGAAUGUCCGUGUAAUGUUCGAGGUUGAGACGCUCCGUUAUGCCACCCUUGCAACUGUCAGUCGUUGCGGUAUGGUGUGGUUCAGCGAUGACACCAUUGACACGAAUGUGAUGAUCUCGCGAUACAUUGCACAGCUUCGCACUGCCACUUUUGAGGAUCUGGAAGAAGAUACUGGAACAACCACCUCGACUGAGGCCAGACUUGCAGUCCAAGACUCGAUGGCAGAGAUUUUGAACCGCCGACUGACAGAGAACGAUUUCGUCCGAAAGGCUCUCGAACACUGCGCUGGCAUGAAACACAUCAUGGAGUUCACGUCUAUCCGAGCGAUCGGCACUCUCUUCUCGCUGCUGCGGAAGGCAUGCCGGACAGUGCUCGAGUACAACAUUCAGCACACCGACUUCCCACUUAACGACGACCAGAUCGAGGCAUACUUGUCUAAGAAGGUCCUGCUCGCUGCUGUCUGGUCCUUCACUGGCGACUGCCCACUGCUAGAGCGCAAGGCAUUCGGCGACUACCUUGCGGGACUGGCUACUCUUGAUAUGCCAGUUUUGACGGAGACAUCCUCUCUCAUCGACUACGACGCUGUCCUGCCAGAAGCUGCAUGGGUGUCGUGGCAGAACGAAGUACCCACUAUUGAUGUCAACACACACUCAGUCACACAGACCGAUCUCGUCAUCCCCACACUGGAUACAGUACGCCACGAAGAUGUGCUAUACUCGUUCUUGGCUGAGCACAAGCCGCUCUUACUUUGUGGUCCACCAGGUUCAGGAAAGACAAUGACCUUGUUCAGUGCACUGCGCAAGCUUCCGAACAUGGAAGUCGUUGGCCUCAACUUCUCAAGUGCCACUACGCCUGAUCUGUUGGUGAAGACACUCGAGCAAUACUGCGACUACAAGAAAUCGCUAAGCGGUGUGACGAUGGCUCCGCGACAAAUCGGCCGAUGGCUCGUCGUGUUCUGUGAUGAGAUCAAUUUGCCAGCACCAGACAAGUAUGGCACACAGCGUGUCAUCUCCUUCCUGCGACAGCUUGUAGAGCAUGGCGGCUUCUGGCGUACAUCCACAAGAAGCUGGGUCAGUCUGGAGCGUAUCCAAUUUGUGGGAGCUUGCAACCCUCCUACCGAUGCUGGGCGUACACCUCUUGGUCUGAGAUUCUUGAGGCACGCGCCUUUGGUCAUGGUUGAUUACCCUGGCGAGCUUUCUUUGAAGCAGAUCUACGGCACCUUCAAUAACGCUAUCCUCAAGAUUAUCCCGACGCUUCGCGGAUAUGCCGACUCUUUGACGCAAGCCAUGAUCCAGGUCUACCUCCAGUCGCAGAAGAGAUUUACGCCAGAGAUCCAGCCACAUUACGUAUACUCUCCUCGUGAACUGACGAGAUGGGUCCGUGCCAUCUACGAGGCCAUAAGACCGCUGGAGACACUAUCUCUGGAAGGUCUCGUCCGUAUUUGGGCUCACGAAGCACUUCGCUUGUUCUCGGACCGUCUGAUCGCAGAUGAUGAGCGGCAAUGGACAGAAGACGCCGUCAACCGUGUUGCGCUGGAGUACUUCCCUAACAUCGACGAGGAGCAAGCCCUGCAGCGUCCGAUACUGUUCUCAAAUUGGCUCUCGAAGAACUAUGUGCCUGUUGCCAGAGAUCAAUUACGUGACUUUGUCAAAGCCAGGCUUCGAACGUUCUGUGAGGAAGAGCUGGACGUGCCGCUUAUUCUAUUCAACGAUGUUCUUGAGCACGUAUUACGCAUUGACCGCGUCUUCCGACAGCCACAAGGUCAUCUGAUUUUGAUUGGUGUCAGCGGGAGUGGCAAGACCACACUGUCCCGCUUUGUCGCUUGGAUGAAUGGUCUGUCGGUCUUCCAAAUCAAGGUGCAUGGGAAGUACUCUGCUGAAGACUUUGACGAGGACCUUCGCAAUGUGCUUCGCCGAUGUGGCUGCAAGGGCGAGAAGAUCUGUUUCAUCAUGGACGAGUCGAACGUCUUGGACUCUGGUUUCUUGGAGCGCAUGAACACGCUGUUGGCCAAUGGAGAAGUGCCAGGUCUCUUCGAAGGUGACGAGUAUGCUACUCUCAUGACCGCCUGCAAGGAGGGUGCACAACGACAGGGACUCCUCUUGGACUCUCAAGAAGAACUCUACAAGUGGUUCACUCAGCAGAUCGUCCGCAACUUGCAUGUCGUAUUCACGAUGAAUCCGCCCUCGGAAGGUCUGGGUGGCAAGGCAGCAACGAGUCCCGCACUGUUCAACAGAUGCGUUCUGAACUGGUUCGGAGACUGGUCAGACCAAGCUCUUUACCAGGUCGCCUAUGAGCUCACUCAGUCUGUCGACAUUGACAAGGGUAACUACAAUGCGCCCGAUAGUUUGCCAAUCGCCUUCGAUCAGCUCGAGAUGCCUCUGGAUCACCGUGAUGCUGUCGUAAACUCAAUGGUCCACGUCCAUCACUCGCUGCGAUCCUUCAACGAUCGCCUCAAGCGUCAGCAGAACAAGACAACAUUCUUGACGCCACGCCAGUUUCUAGACUUCGUUGCUCAAUUCGUCAAGCUUUUUAACGAGAAGCGUGAUGACCUUGAGGAACAGCAACGCCACCUCAACGUCGGUCUGGACAAGCUUCGUGAGACUGUUGAUAAGGUCUCCGAGCUCAAGCGCAGUCUUGCGGAGAAGAAGUCUGAGCUCGAGAAGAAGGACGCCGAGGCUAGUGAGAAGUUGCAACGCAUGGUUGCUGACCAACGCGAAGCGGAGCAGAGACGAGCGGCUUCGCUUGAGAUCCAGGAUGCUCUCGCGAAGCAGGAGAAGGAAGUCGCGAAGCGACGAGAGGUCGUGCUGAAUGACCUUGCACAAGCUGAGCCUGCCGUCGAGGAAGCCCAACGAAGUGUCAGUAACAUCAAGCGACAACAUCUGACGGAAGUACGUUCCAUGCAGAACCCUCCUGCUGGUGUCAAGCUCGCUUUAGAAGCUGUUUGCACCCUGCUCGGCCACAAAGCAGUUGACUGGAAGACCAUCGGAAGCAUCAUCCGUCGUGAAGACUUCAUCGCCAGCAUUGUCAAUUACGACAAUGAACGCCAGAUGACUCCUCAGCAUCGCACGAAGAUGCAGGCAGAGUAUCUGUCCAAAGAGGAGUUCACCUUCGAGCGCGUCAAUCGUGCUAGCAAAGCUUGUGGACCGCUGGUGCAGUGGGUUCAAGCACAAGUUCACUACUCUGCCAUCCUGGAUAGAGUUGGGCCACUACGAGAUGAAGUUGAUCAAUUGGAGAACGAAGCUCUGCAGACCAAGGCAGAGGCCAAGGUGAUUGAGAACACUCUGAGUGAGCUCGAGCGCAGCAUCGCCACUUACAAGUCAGAGUAUGCUUCUCUUAUCAGUCAGACAGAAGCCAUCAAGGCCGAGAUGACUAGGGUGCAGUCCAAGGUGGAUCGAAGCAUGCGAUUGCUCAACAGCCUGUCUUCUGAACGCGGAAGAUGGGAAGAGAGCAGCAAGACGUUCCAGGUGCAGAUGGAGACGAUCAUCGGUGAUGUCUUCCUGGCAUCGGCGUUCUUAGCGUAUGCUGGAUUCUAUGAUCAGCAGUAUCGUCGCGCAAUGCUGGAGGACUGGUCCCUUCAGCUAUCGUCUUCCGGCAUUGCUUUCAAGGCGCAGAACGCGCUAUCCGAGUACCUCUCGACAGCAGACGAGCGUCAACAAUGGCACGACAAUGCAUUGCCAGUCGAUGAGCUGUGUACAGAGAAUGCUAUCAUGCUCAAGCGCUAUAAUCGCUACCCGCUCAUCAUCGAUCCUUCUGGCCGAGUCACUGAGUUCUUGCAGAACGAGAGCAAGGAACGCCGCUUGACCGUCACCAGCUUCCUGGACAGCUCUUUCGUGAAGCAGCUGGAAAGCGCACUUCGGUUCGGUAACCCUAUCCUAAUUCAGGACGCUGAGCAUAUCGAUCCAAUCCUCAAUCACGUCUUGAAUAAGGAGUAUCAGAGGACCGGUGGACGCGUACUGAUUCAGCUUGGAAGGCAAGAGAUCGAUUUCUCGCCCGCGUUUAAGCUAUACUUGUCAACAAAGGACCCUUCGGCACCGUUUGCGCCUGACGUCUGCAGUCGCACGACCUUUGUCAACUUUACUGUAACGCAGAGCAGUCUCAAGACCCAGACAUUAAACGAUGUGCUGAAGUCUGAGCGACCGGAUGUGGAUGAGCGGCGAUCAAACUUGGUCAAGAUGCAGGGCGAGUUCACUCAACGCCUGCGACGCCUCGAGCGCAUGUUGCUGCAAGCAUUGAACGAAUCACGCGGCAACAUUCUGGAUGAUGAGAACGUCAUUCAGACCCUGGAGACACUGAAGAAUGAAGCUGCCGAGAUCACUGCCAAAGCAUCGGAGACAGAGGGUGUUAUGAAUGAAGUCAACACCAUCAUGAGCACAUACGACAUCAUCGCGCGGUCGUGCUCUGCCAUCUUUGCGGUUCUGGAGCAGCUGUACCAUGUACACCACUUCUACCAGUUCUCGCUACAGUACUUCGUCGAUAUCUUCGAGGCUGUGCUGCAAUCCGCGCGAGAAGCGAACGUGCGCGACCCCAAGCAGCGCAUUGACUCGAUAGUGAGAUCGUUGUUUGGUAAGACUUACAAUGAGACUUCAGCUUCGUUGCUGCAGAAGGAUAGACUGACCUUCGCGGUGCUGCUUGCCCAAGCCGCGCCAUUCCCAAUGGACAAGACAUACAUCGACACUUUACUCGACGACACUGUGGUUGGCGCCGAUGUCAACCAGAUACCGGAGCAUAAGGAUAAGGCAGUAGCGCUUGCUGCUCGUCGUUCCGGCCUCAAGGAUCUCGUGAACGAUGUCAACACACCAAAUUGGGAGAAAUUCUUGUCAACGGAGCAGGCUGAGCGAUGCGUACCUGGUGUUUCUGAGAUGGCUGGCAAUGAGAAUGACAAGGCGCUCAAAGAGCUCGUGCUCGUCAAGCUCUUCCGUAUGGAUCGUCUCGUACCAGCCACAGAGCGCUUCAUCAAUGCCGUGUUUGGCCAAUCCUUCCUCGAUGUUGCAGAAGAUCUCGGUAGGAUCGCCCAGGACACUACUGCUAGCUCGCCAAUCGCCAUGUGCUCGAGCCCAGGAUUUGAUGCCUCGUACAAGGUCGAUCAGUUAGUCGAGCGUACCCAAGCCAGCUGCACGAGCGUCGCUAUGGGUUCAAACGAAGGUGUCUCCAGCGCAGAUGCUGCACUAGCUGGCGCUGCAGCAAGCGGAUCCUGGGUCCUUAUCAAGAACGUCCAUCUCGCUACAGAAUGGCUUCAGAAUCUCGUCAAGCGCAUCGACUCGCUCAAGCCACACAAAGACUUUCGCCUAUUCCUGUCGAUGGAGACAAGUCCCAAGAUCCCAUCAAGUCUCCUUCGCGCAUCGAGAGUCCUCAUGUAUGAGCAACCUGCUGGUAUCCGUGCCAACAUGCGCGACACUCUCACGUCCCUCCCCGACAAAGCCAUCCAGCAACCGGUCGAGAAAGCACGCGUCCACUUCCUACUGUCUUUCCUGCACGCCGUUGUCCAAGAACGACUUCGCUACGCUCCACGCCUGGGCUGGCAGGGUUUCUGGGAAUUCAACGACGCAGACUUCGACUGCUCCGCGUUCAUCAUCCAAUGGUGGACCGACAAUAUCGCCCGUGGCCGGUCCAAUGUCGCGCCCAAGACAAUUCCCUGGGACAUCCUCCGCGUCCUGAUUGCGGAAAUGUAUGGCGGCAAAGUCGACGAUGUCUCAGACUUCAGCCAACUCAAAGACCUCGUGAACAAGACUAUGACGGCGGACGCUUUCGAGGACGGCUUCAAUCUCAUCGGGCAAAUUGCUGGUGAUGAGAAGGUUGGGGAGCCUUUGCCGAGCGGCACUGCGAAGGGUGUGUUCUUGCAGUGGGUCAAGGAUUUACCGGAGAGGGAGCCACCUACGUACUUGGGGCUGCCGGCUAAUGCGGAGAAGUUGUUGCUUGUGGCGCAUGCGGAGGAGAUGCUGAGGAAUUUGAAGACGGUUAUGGGGGUCUUGGACGAGGGCGAGAGUGUUAUGGCGGAGGCGAGGGAGGAGUAA